AUGAGCUGCAUACGCCGCUUGUCGGAGGUAGAAGACGCGGAAGAAGACGAGAUAGACGAGACUGAAGAUUGCUAUGUCCUGGAGGAGCCGCAGACAAUAUCAUGUAGCGACAAAGAGGACCCCGAUACCAGCGACUCUGACGCUAGCGACGAGGAAAUGUCUAAUGACAGUAAUGGAAUAGAUCUCGCCGAUACAGGCGAUGAGGAACAGGACGUCAGCGACAAGGGUCAGUCAAGCGUACAAGAAGGAGAGACACUAGAGGAAGCCGAGUAA